CUCCGAGACUGAUUCUUCUUGCGCAUCGCCUAUCGAGUCGUGUUGGGCCCUCGUUCAGUCUGGUCCAACCCCCUCACCCGUGUGUCUUGCUUGGUACGCGUCGCUGUUUCGCCUGCAUAACCAGCCUCCCACUUCUGCGUCCUCACCAUCUCCGUCGGCCCCGUGGGUCGAGCUGUUGGCCUUUUCCAAGACAAGUCUCCCAUCAGCCGUCUAACGCACACGGCCUAGGAGGACCGUGAUAUCUGUUCAGCCCGCAGCCGCCCGCCUGCACAUCAUGGCCGCCUACGCACAGCACUACCACCAGUACUCGGAACAGCCUCUUUUUGUGGAUCCCCACGCCUUUGUCUACGGCGGCCAGUACGAUGCCCGCCAACGCUCAAAGACACCAACAGACUCGUUGCUCAACCAUACCGGCCUCUCUCCAGGCCCGCUCACUACUCCCCCGCCGUUGAGUCGUGGUCCGUCGCAGCAUGCCGAACUUGCCCAAGAUCCCGAGCACAUGCUAUGGGACAAUGGCAGUUCCUCAACUUCUCCCACGUCAGUCAGGACACCGGACGGCGAAUCCUUCGAGGUGGAGAUGCUUGACUCUGACUCGAUGCGCAACUAUUAUCACCACAACGGCAACACCAUGUCAGCGCAGGCCUCGCACAAUGCGCUGCCCACCAUGGACUCGAGCAUGCUCUUUACUGCCCAGGGCACUUUCAGCGACCAAGCCGUUCAAGCAGCAUUCAAUGCUACAAUGGCAGAACCGCAAGUAUACCAGCAGCACUACAAUAUGCAGCCUCACCCAGCGCAGCAGAUGGCAAACAUGCACCCUCAGAACAAUGUCUACAACCAGAACUACACCACCCAACCACCCCGCCACGAUCCGUGGACCGGACAGGGCCCUUCGCGCUCUUCAAUAACACCCAGGUCUGGUCACGUUGUUUUCGAUCCCGCGACCGAUGCGGUCAACUAUUCCGAGUUUCUGAUCGAUGUGGAUUCUUGGGCGGCACAGUACACGGAUCCUGCCUCGCUGAUUUCGCCAAGCGAGCCCACGGCCGCAUUCCAGGACAGCAUGUUCUUCUCGCCAACGCAAGACCUCACUCCUCGUCUGUACGAAACAGUCCCGCAGACGCCGCUGCAGAACCACAGUCCUGGAAAUAUGCAACUAAGAAGUGCAUCGCCACCGCCCGACCAUCAGAACUUUGUCAACUACAACGCGUCCUCGACCCUCUUCACAGAGACUUAUAUUACGUCCAAUGUAUUCUCAGCUUCGCCCACGGCAUCAUCAGCCGCCCAUCACCCACAAUCGCCCUACCAAGCGGAAAUCAGCCCAUCUGUACCCAGUCCGGGAAGCUCCGACGGCAUGUUCUCAGCGUAUCAACAUUCCGACUCUGGAAUCGUGGUCGACCAGUACCAGACACAUCAGUUUGGCCAUUUGCAGCAACAGCAGAUGCCUGCCCUGAAACUGGACAGCACUGUGAUGAGUGGUGUUCCCGAAAUGAGCUUCAAUGCUUCUCCUGAACCAGAAUCGUCGCGCAAUGCAGCACAAAAAGCACUGGCAGCGAAAUCUGGAGGCAGAGCGUUAGGAACCCACUUGGAGCCUACUGUCGCCAAAGCCGCGCAUGACAUGCGUAAAAUCGUGGCAUGCUGGCACUGCGUGUUGCAGAGAGACAAGUGCGGCCCCGGAGACAUUUGCGAUCGGUGCUUCAAGCGCUCUCAGCGGCCCAAUGCUGACUGCGGCCUUGGAUGCAACCGGAUGAAGCUUAUUGAUCUGUCGCCAUAUUUCUUGCCUUCCCUCGUCACACAAAUGCACGAGGAUUCAAAUCUGACUCGCUUCGUGACGCAGUACAUUCAACAAUGGGGCAGUGAUGAGCUGACAGUCUUCAUGACAUGCGGCCAGAGCAGCAUGCCCAGAAUGGCCGUCAAGGUGUACGAGUUCAUUCCCCGUGGUGACGAGUUGCUGGUCCAGAUCCAAUACCAGAUGGACCCGGUUACGCACGCAAGAAUUCCCAUCAAGAAGCAAAGUCCUGCUCUGGGCAUGGUGCACAUUAACCACAACGAGGAGAAGAAGUAUGACAAGUACAUUUCGGAAAUUGUUGAUCAUCACCUAGACGCAUUCGGCGAAAUCUGCUGGAUGGAAGACGACAACGAUUUCCAGCAAAAACUCUUCAAGUUGAUGACGCGCAUUAACCCCAAGUCGGACGAUGAGGCCAAGCUCCUGCGCGAGAUCUUCCGCCUCAUUGUAGUUACCUUUAUCAUGUCACACACGCUCACCAUUGCCGAAGAAACCAAGGCGGCGACACUAUCACGCAUGCAUUCAUACAGCGGCCCCAACUCUUACGUAGAAAACUACACGUCGCCGCGCAUGACGAACCGACAGCUCAAGUACUUUUUCUCACGCCUGCAGCGGUCCAUCCAAGCCAACGUGCUCAACAAACUGCAGCAAAUAUUCAAGUCGUCCAAGGGGUGCGACAAAUGGCUGGCGGCAUUUAUUGCAGUGCUGGGCAUGUGCAUGGCGCUCGAGGACCAACAAAAGACUAUCCAUCUCGUCAUGUCGACCAAAGCGCAGACCGAGGGAAUAGACCACAGGGAUGCACAAGACCAGGCGGAUAUUGCGUGUCGCGAGAUUGACCAAAGAAUGCAUUUUGUGCAGCAAAUCUUCCGAUGGAAAUACAACCGCAAGUGUAACCCCAUGCGCGAUGCAGAUCUCGACUGGGAGAAGGAGGUGGGCUUUGGCGAUUCGUCUAGCGUGAACUUUGUGCGACAGGCUGCGCAGUUGGUCAAGGAGAACAUUGACUUCUUGCAACAACGACAGGCAGUAAGUAUUUCACCGGCAAACCAGACAAAGUAUACGUCGCGUCUUGUAGGACAGUUUUUGCUUUCCUUCUGGCUUCCCAGCGUGUAAUACUGUUGCGAAGAUUGGAUUUUGCCAGAGCUCUUUGGCUCGGCUUUUCAUUGGCGUCAGAUGUCGUUUUCUGCAUGUCUGGCAUCGAGACGAUUUGGCGCAUUUUUUUUCUUAACGAAUUUCCCAUGUGUGACGGCCUGAUUUACGAGAGAAAGAAAGAAAGAAAACAACAACAACAAUACGCCCUCUUUCCUUACACUCACGAAAAAAAUACGUUGGACAGGGAUCAUGGCGCGGCAAUGUGUUUUUUUUUGCCCCCUGGUCUACGCAGUCACGGCCUGUAGCAGCUUCGCGGUUGCUUCGCGGAUCUAUGAGAAUUAGUUAAUACCCUCUUCACAUCUUUCUUUCUUUUUCUUCUUUUUCCUUUUCUUAUAGUUCUAUUCAUGUCUAGAUAGAAGGGGGAAUCUGGGGCUCAUGCUACCUUGGUAGGACAUGGGGGGGAGCGCGAUGUGCGUAUAUCCUAGUAAUGAAUCCAAUAUCCU